GUUGGAUUGAAUGUUGCACAGUUCAAACAGCUGCUUAUUUCAGCCUUAAAGGACCUGUUUGGGGAGGUUGCUGCAGCCUUACCUUUGGACGUCCUAACCUAUGAAGAGAAGACCUUGUCAGCCAUCUUGAGGAUAUGUAGCAGUGGUCUUGUCAAAUUGUGGAGCUCUUUGACUCUAUUGGGAUCCUAUAAAGGCAAGAAAUGUGCUUUCAGAGUGAUUCAGGUUUCUCCAUUUCUCCUCGCCUUAUCUGGUAAUAGUAGGGAACUAGUAUUGGAUUGAGAAGUCUUCAAUUUCAAAAAUACACCGCCACUCUCAAAAGCGCUUUUUGGUGACAAUAUGAUGUUUGAAGACUGAAGCAGUCUAAAGCUCCAACUGCUGUAAUUUGAUGGUGCUGAAGAUGUUCCCAGUAAUUUCCCGCCAUCGUCUGUGGUGGGGUGGGCUUCAGAGGAGCAUCUGCCCGAGCCAGCCAGUGCUGAGCAGGCAAUGUAUCGAGCAGAUGCACGUCCGAGUGGGAGACCGCGCUGAACUCAGCAGGGCCUUCACGCAGAGGGACGUGGCUGCCUUCUCAGAAUUAACGGGGGAUGUCAAUCCUUUGCAUUUAAACGAAGAUUUUGCAAAACACACCAAGUUUGGAAAGAGAAUUGUACAUGGAGUUUUGGUCAAUGGACUUAUUUCAGCACUCCUGGGAACUAAAAUGCCAGGGCCAGGCUGUGUAUUACUUUCACAGGAAAUUAGCUUUCCAGCCCCUUUAUAUGUUGGAGAAGUUGUCUUAGCUUCUGCAGAGGUAAAAAAGCUGAAGAGGUUUGUUGCUGUUAUUGCAGUGUCAUGUUUUGUAACAGAAAGUAAGAAGACGGUUAUGGAAGGCUGGGUUAAAGUUAUGGUCCCAGAAACUCCCAAAUCCUGAAACGUGGUCAAAGAUGCAUGUUCAAGUGCCAGUGGUAAUGUUGGUGAAGAGCCUCUGGGGAAGUUAGGGAUUGCUGCCUUUCACCAGGGGAUGCCUUGUAGACCUCAAAGCCCGGUUGGGGGUGGGGGUGGAAGCAAGGAGCUGGGUGUACAAAGGUUCACUGUCUGAUUUGGCUUUAUGCUUCACACAGACUUGAGUAUAUUCAUCAUCUGUCUAGGCUUUUAUUUUUUAUUUUUAUUUUUUUUUAAAGAUUUUAUUUAUUUAUUCAUAGAGACACAGCUAGAGAGAGGCAGAGACACAGGCAGAGGGAGAAGCAGGCAUCAUGCAGGGAGCCUGAUGUGGGACUCGAUCCCGGGUCUCCAGGAUCACACCCUGGGCUGCAGGCGGCGCUAAACCGCUGCGCCACCAGGGCUGCCCUGUCUAGGUUUUUAAAAUUGAAAAAAAUACCAGGAAGGUUAUUUAGCUGAAGGUUCUAAUUUUCAGAUUUCACGUCUAGUUAGAUCUGCAUUUUGAUAAUACAAACCUGCUUCUGGGCAGAAUAAGUUCAUCGCUGAAUUUAUAACUAGCAGUUAAUUAUUGAAAGCAACCACAGAAGCCAGGCCAUCUUGAGCACCUACCUUUUACCAGGCAGUGUUCUUAGAGCCUGUUGUUCAGCAGUUUCUGGCUCAGAGUUUAUUGUAAUUUGUUACUGCUCACACCACAAAGGCACCUUGUUGCAUCCUCAGUGGCAUUUGCCUUUCACAUGGUUUUCCAUGGAGAAGGGCUAUAUGCACAUUUGGACUCAUUCAUGUAAACUCAAUCUCAUGUAUGAAACAGGGAUAACAACACCUACCACACAGGAUUGUUGGAGAGGCUAGGUAUUAAUAGCUAAGCACAAAGUCCAACCUGUAAAGUAGUUAACUGCUGUCGACCGUUCUCCCAUGUGGAUGAAGUUACAGUUUUUCCUGAGUUUAAAGCAAACUGGCUCACAAUUAAACAUAACAGACUAAUUUUCAUGAUGUUGGUCAUCUAAGCCUGAAAUAGAGUUUGAGUGAGAAGUUUCUAUUUUACUAAUCCAGAUUAUUUUCUCUCUCCCUUGAAAACACUGGAUUCUCCCCUUUACAAAUAAUACAUAUGUCAAUUGUAAAGAUAUUUUAAAUAAAAAGUAUAAGGAACCCUG